AUGUCUUCCACCCCAGUCCUACCCAUCAUCGUCGUCAUUGUUGUCGUCGUCGUCGUCAUCAUCAUCAUCAUCAUCAUCAUCAUCUCUUUCUGGGGUGACUACAAGGAAUGCCUAGUCUCUGAUACUGGCAGGUCCCCUGUGAGAAAAACCAGAGGUAAAGCAAAACCAGAAGAAGCUCAGGUAGAAGUCUCCCAAAUCCUGCAUGCUGUGUUCCGAAAGGAUGGACACCUGGAAGCCCUGCCCACCUUUGGACUGGAGGCCAAGGAGAAGCUUCCAGGCUCUCAUCUGGCCCCUGCCAGCUCCUCCGCGCCCCUGGGCCCCGGGCACUGGCUCCUCAAAGUGGACGCCUCUGAGAGGGAAGAAGGUGAACGCAGGCUGGUGAGGGCUUCUGUGAGUAAGCUGUGGGGCUUGUGGGCUGCCAGCUACCUUGGCUUUACCAAAAGGAGGCGGUUCAUUCGUUCUUUUACUGUGGAUUGUCAGCUGAAUAAAGCAGCCUACCACAGCCUCUGGAACAAAAGCUCUCCAUUAGGAUUACACUGCCAGAGCUAUGAAGACUUCAAGUGUAAGACACUACAAUCAUUAGAUGGCUUUAUGAUAAUACUGAGCCUAGAUGGAGUGAUAAUUUAUGUCGGUGGAAGCAUCACUUGUCUCCUUGGCCAUUUACCAGAUGAGAUUGUGGGUAAAAAAUUAUUAAGUCUUCUGCCUGAUCAUGAGAAAAGUGAAGUCCACCAAAAGAUUUCUCUCAAACUUCCUUCGUCAAGCUCAGUGGGAAAACAUACUGACUUUUGCUGUCAUAUAAAGAGAGGAAAUGAUAAACGUGGUAGUAACCCUACUUAUGAAUAUGUGAAAUUCAUUCUGACUUUAAAAGAUAUUUCAAAUGAGCCUUUGGUGCUCUUCAGUAGCUUCUUCCCCAGUCCCUCUUUUGCUGAAUCGUGUGGUACAUAUCUUCCUCUGGAGGAUCGGUUUUAUCUGGUCGGGUCCAUUUGUAUCCUCAGGACUCAGAUUCUACGGAGACCAACUGAGCCACAGGUUCCUGUGAGUACAGCGUCUCGUUUCCCUGUUCUGUCCCAGCAGGAUUCCCCACUGCAAGGCAGUGGACAGCAAAAUAGCCAAGCAGGUCAAAGAAACUUCACCAGCAGUAUUGAGCCCAGGCUGCUGUAUGAGAGAGUGGAGAAACUGGUGCCCAGGCCUGGUAGUGGCAGUUCCUGGGGGCCCAGCAACUCAAGAUCCCAGCCUGGGUCCCACCCUGGGUCUCAGAGCGAUUCUGGGGAGCUCUUCAGAGUUAGAUUGUCAUCCAAAUCCAAUGACUAUCCAUCUCAGUGCCUCAAAAAUGCAGUGAAAAAACCUGAAGAUAAGAAAGAAGUUUUUAGAACUCUCAAGCCUGCUGAUUUGACUGUACUGGCCAAAGCGCUUCAAGAAGUGGAAGAUGUGAGACCCCCACACAAAAUGGCAGACUAUUUCUUAUCCAGUGAGGAGUCAGGGAUGACAGAUGAGGAAGGCAAUGAUGUAGAACAAGAAGGGGAUCAAGUUGAUCUUAUAAGAGUCAAGCAGUAUGGACUGCAGGAAUCUGUUCAUGAAAGUGGGAUAGAGUCUGCUACAUGUUAUGACUCCAGCAUAUCUUCCAUGGAAAGCAUACCUGAAUCGUCAGGCCCCUGUUACCUCUACUAUAACUGUAUGGACAGCACUUACUUUAGAGGACAUUGUGAAGGUCAGAUCUGUGGAUUUCUUUGUAGUGCUUAUAAGAGCACCUGGAACAAAGGAAGUCUAUUAGAACCACCACCGUCAGUUGCAUUGUACAUCAACAAACGGGAGCUGGGGCUGAUGAGGAAGUUUAGGGAGCAGCUGGAAGAAAAGACUCGGAUGCUGCAGGCUGAGAUCAGAAGCCUGCAAGACGCACUGGAAAUGAUGAAGGAGCAGCUUCGGAGAAUAGAGGAUUCCGGCUUUCAGAUCAGAGGCCAGUUCCAUAUGCAGCCAACCACCUCACACCACCUUCACUGUCCUGAGCCCCAGUCUUUGGAGCCAGUGCCCAAGAAACCGCGCACUGAGCAAAUGGAGGGGCCCUUCCCAGAUUUCAAGGACACGAGCCUUUCCUGUGGUUCAUCUUCCCGCUAUUUCAAAUUCCCUGAGGAGCUUGAGGAGCCUUGUGAUGCCUCCAACCAGACACUGAGGUACUGUCAUCUCUUUCCUUUGGAUGCAACAUGUGCAGGGGCAGGAACAAUACCUGUAGCAGCAGAUCCUGUGGGAAACCAGAUGCUGCAAAUACGCCUGCUAAACCAGGCUGGCAUGGCUGUGCCCCUCUGUGAUGACCUUGUUACAUUUAUGCAGAACCAGCCCAUCGUUGUUCCUGUCCAGUUAAUGGCUGGACAACAUCCCCCUAACAACUGUCAAGAUGAAAACCUUGGGGGCCUCAAAGAUGACAGUCAGAGGGAAGAAGUGCAUGGGACGGACCAGCAGGGGUCCCCCAUCAAUCUGCUGCCACUGCUGUAUAGUCCCAGCUCUGAGACAGGUUCCUCUACCAGCUUUUCUGAGUCUCCCAUAAAUUCUGACUCAAACUGAGUCACCCUGGAGACCUCGCAGGAUUACAUUCAACUUUGGCAACAGCCACCAGAUCCACAGUAUCACAUUUACUUCCAAGUGAAUACUUAUCCUUCCAGUGAGCAGGCCACUAUGCAGGACCAAGCCACCUGGGCCCAGGUGCCGACUACUGAAGUAGGAAGCCAGGGAUCUCCAGAUUCAGAGGCUUUCCAGGACCAUGAUGAAUUAACACCAGGCCAAAUCAACUAUUUCAUGUCUGCAGAACAGUCCAGCUUGGAUGAACACCAGUGGGAUUUUCAUACUGAACCUUGA